AUGAGGAUCCUAACACUAUUCUACACACUCUGUCUGGCAGGACUAUGUUACUGCGGAGACGAGAAUAAGGUUUACACAUCUCUCUUUAAUGUAGAUGAAGCAAAGGAGGAUUGUAUUAAGGUUCUCAAACUCACAGCUAAAGUCGAUAAAGUUGCUGAGCUCAAGUAUGAUCAGGAUAUUAUAUGGUCCAGUGGUAUAUUUGGUUCUCCUUGUUCUUCAGCAGUACUGUACAUGGACAAAGGUAGACCUACACUGGCUGUUAUAAAGACAAAGGGUUUUCUCGGUAAGGAAGGUACUACCUAUAAGUACUAUGAUGGUAAGCAGUGGAAAGAUGGUAGAGAGGGUACUCAUAAAAAUAAGCUUAAGAAACUAAAGGAGAAGUGCAAAUCUGAGAAUAUUCUAGAUAUUACUAAUCCUGAUAAAUCUAAGAUAGAUGUAAAAACGAAAAAUGAUGAUGGAAUAGAAUGUAGGGAAUAUCACCUUAAGAGUAGUUCCAAGAUUACGUCUGUUCUAGACAGUGGAGUAACCAUAUGGACAGCUACAUCUGAAGAAAUGUGCACAUUAGCAGUAUCUUUUACUAGAGGAAAUUCUUCUUCUCUUGUUAUACUUAUAAAUGAUGGUCAGAAUAUUCAGAAUAGAUUUUUUAAAAAAGCUGAUGGAAGAUGGGAAGACGCUACUGAUAAGGUGAAGAAAAUGGAAGAAUCUGAAACGCCUCCUCCAAAUGAAACAGCGGACAGUUCAACUUCAUCUCUACAGUUGGAGAAUAAAGAUAGUGAGCAGUCUCUUGAUACAUCAAUUCUUGAAGAGACUGUUGAAGGAUCGACAGAUGACCAUCUAAAUGUCCCACCCAAAGCAUCUCAUGAAGAACCUGAGAAUCUACCAGAAGUUCUUGUAGAGGAUGUACCAGAGGUUAUAGUUGAGGACGUAUCUGAGGUUCCUGAACAUUCAGAAGAUACUGAUCUUGUAUCUAAAGAUACCAAAACUGAGGGAAAUAAUAAUGAUUCCACAGACCAAAAUGGUGAUUUACUCUCUGCUUUAGACACAACCGACUCAGAUUCUCUAGCCUCUGAAAAUGUAUAUUGCGAAGAGGCAGAAGGGGUUAAUGAGGUCGAGGAGAGUGAAUCAGAAGAACCUAAGGAGGAUGCUGCUAAGGAAUCUCCUGAAGAGGCUCCCAUAGAGGUCACACUAAAUGGUAUCUUACAGGAAGAUAAAACAGAGCCUGCUGAUAAACCUGUAAAGUCUCCUGCUCAUGAAACAUCUGAGGAGGCAUCUUUUAUGCCUAUUGAACAAUCUCCUCAGGAAGUAGAUCCUCAAGUUGGUCAUGUUGAUGUCAUUCUCGAUUUAGCCAAUCCCGAUAAAGACAAAGUGGAGAUUAGCAAAAGGGAAGUUUAUGGAGUAGAACAUACUGCAUAUACUCCAAAGGAUGCUGUCCUCAUAACUUUAGUUGUGGAUGGAGAAACUAAACUUUUGGCUACUCCUGAGGGUGAAGAGCUUCUAUUAGCGAUAGUAUCGACAAAGGGAGACUCUUCACUACUUUUAAUUUCUCCCAAGACUGGUAAUAAGCACUUUGAGAAAGAUGGUCUUGUUCUAGACCUUGCUAACCAAAGUGAAACUGAAAUAGUUGUUGAGUAUAGAAUAUCUGGAGUAGCCGUUAAGAACUAUUCCCCAAAGAAUGGUCAUCAUAUAGACCUCAUCCUAGAGGAUGGAGUUCUCAUUUGGGUGUCAUAUGGAAAGGUAAAAUCAACUCUUCAUAGUCUAGAUAAUAAUGAUUUAAGUAAAUACUUAAAGGGGGAUGACGGAUCACAGGAUAUUCUUGAAGAUAUUAACCACGGUGACUCUGAAAAUCUGUCAAUUUUUCCGCAUUUAUUUGGGACGAUAACCAUGUUGCAUAGCAUAGGACUAGAUCCCCAUGGAAAUAUGGAGAACUUUCCAAAAUUGCCUGUUUCGGAUUCUAAUGAAAAGUGUAUAGGUGUUAAGUCUUAUACAAAGGGAGAAUCCAUGCUACUUGUCAUGACUAUAAGGAAUGACUAUGGUCACACCGAUCACUAUUUUGAAAAAGUUGAUAUUGAAUGGAAUGAGAUUGAUGAAGAACUGUUUAACGCGAAGUUAAAAAUAAUGAUAAAUGGACACGGAAAUAAUCCUAAUUAA